AUGUCUCACUCCCGACACUCCUCGGCUUCCAAACUCCUCCCUCCACACCCCCUCACCCCCUUCCACCCCCCCGCUCCGCUUCCUCCUCCCACAUGGGAGCAGGUGAAUGAGAUGGCGACGAAGAGCCAUCCUCAUCUGGUGCGGCUGAUAGGGUACUGUUUGGACAUCAGCCCAGACACGGAGCGCAUGGAGCAGAUCGUCAUCUACGAGUUCAUUGACAACGGCGACCUCGACCGCUGGAUUGGUAUGGAUGAUGUGCACAGCUUUGGAGUGGUGAUGCUGACGCUCAUCACAGCGCGCAAGGCCAUCUACAACGAGGAUGCAGACCAGAUCAACCUCAAGCAGUGGGUGAGCUCUUUCUUCCACCUUCUUCCCCUGCAUUGCUCCAAGUUCAAUGGUGCGCUGCUCGCCGCUGGCGAUGCAAGCGCCUUCAAGGACCCACAGCUGGAGGCGCCAGACGACUUGGUGCUGCGCAUGGCCCGCCUCGCCCUGCGCUGCACCGCCAUGCCCACCGCCUCGCGCCCCUCCAUCAGCCGCGUGCUCGGCGAGCUGCUCGUCAUGAAGGAGGAGUUUCUCGGGCAGGAGGAGGACCGCAUGGCGGCACGCAUUGACCGCGAGCUGGAGAGUGCUUCGGAUGUGAACCUGAGCAUGGAGAUUGCGCGCGCUCAGGGAGCAAGGAGCAACGUGGGACUUUCUAACAAAUCAUGA